AUGGCAAGUCAUGGUGUGCCUCGUACGGCGACCCGUGAGGAACGGACGGCAGAAGCACGGCAGAAGGAGUUGAAAGAAAUCGCUCAAUACCAACAGCUCGUUGAAGAAGUGAACGCUAAGGUUGUUGCAAAAGAAUUUACCCCUGCAUUACUCCAACAGACAGCCCAGCUGCUAAAGAGGAAUCCCGAGUAUUAUACGAUCUGGAACCAUCGCCGCCGCAUCUACGUCAGCGAAUUCGAGGAUUUGGCAAGACAGACCGCCUCUGGUCAAAUGGACGAAGAGAUUCGAGUCAGCCAGGUACUGGAUAUCAUUCAGCUGGAUUUGCAAUUUUUGUUCCCGCUCCUCCUCAAAUUCCCCAAAUGCUACUGGAUAUGGAACCACAGACUAUGGCUCCUCGAGCAAGCUACGGCUCUUCUUCCUGCUUCGAAAGCUCGCGGGAUAUGGGAGGAGGAGCUUGGAUUGGUAGGUAAGAUGCUCAGUCGAGAUAGUCGAAACUUCCACGGUUGGGGCUAUCGACGAACUGUAGUCGAGAGCCUCGAGAGCCCAGCUUUACAGGGACACAGUAUGGCGAGACAGGAACUGGAAUACACCAAGAAAAUGAUAGGAACCAAUCUGUCCAACUUCUCAGCCUGGCACAACCGCACAAAGCUCAUCCUCAGAAUUUUAGACGAGGAGAAGGCAACUGAUGAUGAAAGGCGAAAGAUGUUGGACGAAGAACUCGAAUUAAUACACAAGGCCUUAUUUGAUCCGUACGACCAGUCACUGUGGUUCUAUCACCAGAAUCUCAUGUGCACCUUUGAUCUUGAUCAGGCAGCACAAAGUAUGGCGCCGAACCUGUCAGAUGAGCAGAGGCUGGAAUACAUCGCAGCGGAGCGGGAGUACAUCGAGGAAGUUCUAGAGGAUGCCCAGGAUUGCAAAUGGCCCUACCAAGCAUUGAUCGAAUGUACAAUACUCGAAAGCAAACUGAAGACUAGUCUUCAGGAAGAGGACCGCGAGAAAGUGACUCAGUGGCUAGAGAAGCUCAAAGGCCUCGAUCCUCUUAGGAAAGGCAGGUGGAUUGAUAUGGAGCGGCAACUUCGCAAAGCAACAGACGCUGUGUUGAGAUAG